UCUAUGAUUUAGUACCUAACUCGGAGUACACUGAUGUACGCGUGGCUAAAUGCUGUAAAUGCCGUUGCGUGACGACUUCUUGACAUUAAAAAGUAGUAAAUUGUUUAUGGUACUCAUGGAGGUGUGAUGUGAGUGUAGUGUUAAUAAUUUUCUCCUGAAAAUUUAGCGAAUAAUUUAAUAUUUAUACAGUAUAGUGUAAUGUCGUGACAGUGACAAAAAUGCAGUUCUACAAGGAAAGAAUACUCAACGCGGCGCAGUUAAAAAGACUAAGUGAACACAAAUACUCUUGUACCAGUGCCAGUAUAUUGGAUGCAUGGCUCCAGCCGUGGUGGUGCUGGCUGGUGUCUAAAACGCCGUUGUGGCUCGCACCGAAUCUCAUCACAAUAUUAGGUCUAAUUGUAAAUAUAGUCACCACACUUAUAUUAGUAUGGUACAGCCCAGACGCGCGGCAGGAUCCGCCACGAUGGGCGUGUGCGUUAUGCGCGCUAGGAGUAUUCAUUUACCAGAGUCUGGAUGCCAUAGAUGGCAAGCAGGCUCGUAGGACGGGGAGCCAGUCCCCUCUUGGAGAGCUGUUUGACCAUGGCUGUGACAGUAUAUCAACUGUGUUCAUUGCACUUGGUGCGUGCAUCGCUGUCAAGCUGGGCGAGUAUCCAACAUGGAUGUUCUUUCAGUGCUUCUGCGCAAUGACACUGUUCUACUGCGCGCACUGGCAGGCGUACGUGACUGGCACGCUCAAGAUGGGCCGGAUAGACGUAACGGAGGCGCAGUACUCCAUCAUCGGCAUACAUCUUGUCUCGGCCAUACUCGGCCCCAGCUUCUGGGCCACUCAGAUCCCGGUGCUCAACAUGCCGUUGAGCCUCCAGGCCAGCAUCAUGUGUAACACGGCACAGAUGUGCUUCGUCAUCAACUUUGUCACCACCUUCCAGGGGCGGGGCUGUGGCAAGAACGGAUCCACCAUCGCUUUGCCGAUAAAUAUCAGCAUCAAUCUGGUAUCGAACUACGCGGUCGUGUUUCUCACUCUGUAUCUAGUCGGCGGAUACAUUAGCGUUAUAAUGAAGGGUGGAGUGGGGAAAAACGGCUCCACCGUCGCAGGUACGAGCAUAUUAUCCCCAGUGAUCCCGUUCUCGCUAGUGGUGGUGCCGGCGUUCAUCAUCUUCCAAAAGAGCGAGUCCCAUGUGUACGAGAACCACCCGUCCUUGUACAUCAUGGCGUUUGGAAUGGUCGCUGCCAAAGUUACUAACAGAUUAGUGGUGGCUCACAUGACCAAGAGCGAGAUGGAGUAUUACGACUGGUCUCUACUGGGUCCGGCGAUGUUGUUCCUCAACCAGUACUUCAACAACGCGCUGCCCGAGUACUGGGUGCUGUGGCUGUGCACUAUAUGGGUGUGCGUGGACCUGGUUAGAUACUGCGGUCAGAUAUGCCUGGAGAUCUGUGAACACCUGAAGAUCCAGCUGUUCCGGAUUCCCUACCCGGCAGUGGGAGUCGCGCCCCCCAAGCCUCCCGCAGACAGAAACGGUGUUAGGUGCAGAGCGGUGUUCACAGCCACCACCGCGGCUUACCAGCGCCCGCCCGCGAUACUAGCCUUAUGAAUUAGUUGGUAGUGAGGCUUGCAACAUCUUAUAAAUUGGUAUUACAAGUGUAAACAUUCAUAUAGUAUGUCUGAUCGAUGAAAUUAUGUAGUAUGCAUUCGUGAAAUGUUAUUGCUAAAAACGAUUGGGGAUUUAAAUUGUUUAAAAAAUAUAAGUAUAUAAUAGUGUCUUAAAAGACCAGUAUCCAAAUAUUUUAAAUAGAAAACGCCUUAGAUGCGUACCUCUCAGUCCGCAGAUUACGAGCGUGCCGCCUAGAGGCCUGUAAUAUGGACCUAUACAGUAUGAAUGUUUAAACAUGAGUAUAAAUUUGGUACAGACACUUUGGUUGUAAAGUGCCACGCAGACCAAAUUCAUUAGUGACUGUGCCAAAAUUAUACCCACUGUUAUACCAAUUUCAUAGUUGUCAAAAAUGUAAUAUAUUUUCAAAAUUUGAAAUUGUUAAUUAUUGUAAAGAAUUACCAACAUCAAUAUUUGUUCUGCCCAUUUUAUUGAAGAUGUUGCAAGCCUGGGUAAGCGUAGUAAUAUUAACUUGCAAUGUAUUUACUUGUAAUAAAAUUAUUUUAACUCGCGCAAUUCUUUUAGUAUGUAUCUUAGCCAUAAUACAAAGAAAUCAAGAUUUCCUAAAAUAUUUCUAUUUGAUUUAUUUGUUAUACACAGUUAUUUAUUUGUCACGUAAAAAUUAUGCACCACGGGUGCUUUGUUUUUAUCACCUGUAUAUUAUGUUGCCCCAACGUCGAGAAACACCCAUCCCUAAAUACUAAAAAACAGUAUAUUUUUAUAUAAUUUUUCUUUGGUAAAUUCUUACUCCAUCAAAAAAAAAUUGUUUUCAAAUUCCGUUUUCUAGCAAUUAUUUGAAGUAAAUUGAAUACAAAUGUUUUGGGACACCUGUAUAGUACUUACAUCAUGUGAGUGCGAUAGUUUGUAGUUAGUAUUACUACGCUAAGGUGCGGCGGUGGUCGGUCCCGGACUAAACAGUUCUAAACAGUUGUUAUUGUUGUAGAUGAGCGUCGGUUAGCGGAUAGUUAUCGUAUACACAUAGGCGCCAAUGAUCAGUAAGUGCUUGGUGAGGGAUGACCACACCUUCCUCUUGUGUCAGAUCUAAAGCUAAAGGCGACUUAAAUUCAACAUCUACUCAAGAAAUGUGUUUCAUCUGAGUUUAUUUCGAAGAGCUACUCAAAUCAUUAUAAUAUCUAAAAAUUCAAAAAUGAAAUAGUUGCCUUCGAUAAAUAAAUAAAAAUGAUCAAUUUUUGAUACAGACUUAAUUUAAGUCGAAGUUUGCAUUUAGAUCUAACUGUUAGUUUCGUUCCGUUGGUACAUAGGGGACUUUGUGGAUGCUGCUUUUGCAAAUUCGUGAAUUAGGUAUUUCAUCUACUAAAUAUUUGCAGAUGCCGUUUUAAAUGUUGCAAAUAUGUUUGAACUAAUCACUUUUUACUUUGAGUUGAAGAAUCGAUUCAAUAAUAAAUUAUGUUCCACGGCCUUUUUUUAAAUUGAGUGUACAAUAACAGUACUUGUCGAUGAUGUGCAGUUUGGUAUGCACUUUACAGUACUCGAAUAACGGAUGUCGAUUUUUACUAAUAUUUUGCAAAAGCUAGCAACCGUUUGGUUUUCAGUUUUCACGAUACAAAAAAUGUGUGUUAAAAUACUUAUUUCUUAUUUGGAAAUAAAGACUAUGAAAAGCGUCAUGAAAAGAAGGGAAUGUAUCGUGUUAACUUUUCUCGGGAUGUGUUUGUAGUUGUUUGGCAGAGCGAGUAGCAAUUAUGUUAUCUGUUUUGUCGGCUAGUUACAAUCUCCAAUAUAUAGUAUUGAAAUAUUCAUUGGAAAUACAAUAUAAGGAUAAAAAGAAAUAUAUUUUAAACCAACCCAAUGCACCUGCAACUUCUUCAUACUAACUCUACUACUUUCUGCUCUGUUGCUUUGAUAUAGGUAUGAAAUUGUAUCGGUGUUGGCUGCGAUUAACCCACUCCAGCUAGAAUAUUAACGUUUAAUGUUAUAGAUUGUAGUUUAAGUGCUAGGGACGCUUGCAAAUAUUGAGUCGAAGAUGUGACUAAUUUAAUAAAAAAUACUGUCUUGUUUAUAUCAAAGUACUUGAUUUCUAUCCGUAUUAGAUUUUUUCUUAUUAGGGUUUGUACAGUCCUUUAAAAAUUUAUGGUUGUAGUAUUUUUUAUCGUUCUUUAAUAAGUUUAAUUUUGGCAUACAGAAUAAAUUUUGCCUACUAUCUAAUAUCUUCGCUUAUCUAGUCUUCGUAUUUAAUGUGACAAUGCUGUCGAAUUAAAAUGUCGCUAGAAUGAAGUAACAGCUCAAGAUUUCUAUACUUUUGAAAACAGUAGCAUACAACCGUAGUGCUAAGAUGUAAAUAUAUAUAUGUGGAUAGGUAACAAUGUGCUGGACGCAGGCUGGCUGUAUAAUGUGACCGUUGUAUUUUUUAUGAAAUAUAAGCGUAUGAACAUUUUCGA